CUGGACAGCAACGACUUGAGGGAUAUGGCUAUAACUGGACAACUGAGACUCAUCAGCAUGCUCACAAAAUGACUUCUCUCGCAAACUUGAGUGGAGUCUCGAACACCUUCCCUCCCAUCACCAACCUCCCAAACACUCACAAAAACCCUAAGAGAAGGAGAAGACAGUUUCAGAUACUCGGGCUUCAGGGAGGCCAAACGCAGCAGGCUCCACAACAAUGUCCUGUUCCGAUCACAAGAAGAGCAGCCAUAGGACUCGUGUCCUUCAUUCUCACUGCAAAUUCCACUCACAAGACUUCUCUUGCUCUGGAUAAUGGCUUCUGGUAUGAAGAACCCUUGCCAUCCCCUUCCAUCUCUAACCAACUUGCGAAUACGAACACUGGGACUCGUUCUUUUCUGAAGAAAGGGAUCUACAUGGCGAAUAUUGGGGUAAAGGGAAGCGUGUACAGGAUUAAGAAAUACGCGUUUGAUCUUCUGGCUAUGGCGGAUUUGGUUGCAGAAGAUACACUCAACUAUGUGAGGAAGUAUCUCAGGCUCAAGUCUACCUUCAUGUACUAUGAUUUCGACAAGGUCAUCUCUGCAGUUUCAUUGAACGAUAAGCAGCCACUCAUGGAUAUGGCCAACAAACUUUUUGACAAUUUUGAGAAGCUUGAAGAUGCUGCGAGGAGGAAAAAUUUUCCAGAUACAAAAGCAUCCUAUCAGGAAACUUCAGUUAUGCUCCACGAGGUCAUGGACCGAAUGUCUUCAUUAUACAAAACAAUUUGAUUACAUCUCAAUCAAAAUUAAUUGUUCUCAGAAACAUCCUUCUUACUUGGCUUCUAUGAAAAAUAUAUUUGAUUCCUUUAAAGUGCAUCAUGCACUCUAA